CACUCCACCUGUAGUUUACAACCCCCUCUCAGUCCAGGAAAGACGGCACAAAGACAAGAAGCAAGAUGAAGCACCUGUUGUUUUUGGGGAUUGCUUUUGCUGCAUUCCACAUCAGCCAUUCGAAUACUGAAGAUUUCUGUCAAAUGCCCUCUGAUGGAGGUCAUGGCCCAAGCUUUUUAUAUGCCUUGUAUUAUGAUGCCAGCCAAGACCUGUGCAGUCCUUUCAUAUACAAAGGCCAAGGAGGAAAUAAAAACCGGUUUGCAAAUGAAAGAGAGUGCAUGAGAAACUGUUCCGCCAAUGCAGAGAAUGUCUACCCAGUGGAUGCCUCCCAAGCUUGCCACUUUAAAAAGGCCCAGGGUAAAUGUAAUAGUAACUUAUUGAGAUACUACUACGAUUCUAUUCACAACAAAUGCAAAAAAUUCCUUUGGACUGGAUGCAUCGGAAAUGGAAACAGGUUUUUCGACUUUAACAGCUGCAACACCACCUGUGUUGGCAUUCACGAUGAUGGUAAUGAAGAGGAGGAGGAGGAGCCAGACACUCCUAUUGCGAUCAUCUGUGGAGUUCUGAUUGCUGUCAUCAUUGCCACUAUCUUUAUAAGUGUGAUUGUCUUGACCGUUCAGUCAAAGAAGAAGAAGGCCUCCAAUGAGAAGGGAGCAGGGAAAAGUAGAGAUGCCAAGUCUGACUCACCUCUUCAGGAGCCGGCGAUUGAAAUGGCGUAGAAAAUCCUGUCACCUCAUUAGCAACAUUUGGAGUUUUGGUUUUGUAUUAUAACUUUAGGCUUGAUACUAAACAUAUCAACUGAUUGUUGUGUUUAGUUACAAUUCUGUUCAAGUUUCUCAUUAUGUUUCGGCUCUACAAUGUGUGCAAAGUGAUGUUUUUUAAAUGCAAAUGCAAGCUUUACCUUUUACUUUCAUUCAGCAAUCAAAUCAAAAGUAAAUCAGAUUAGUCAAAGUAUAAUAAACAAAUAAACCAAAGGUGAAAUAUCAGUCAAUUAACUGAUUAACUGAUGGACAGAAAAUUCAUCAGCAACCAUUUUGGUAAUUGAUUAACUGUUGAGGUCAUUUUUCUGGGGGAAAAUGCCAAGAUUUCUCUUUCUUACAGCUUUUGGUUUUGAGAAUUUCCUGCUUGUCUUGGUCUUAUUUGAUUUGUCUUAAUGGCAUUGAGUGUUAAUUGCAGCCCAGCAUCAUGAAAACUUUUUUUUCUUUUUCCAUCAGAAGGAAUUUAGUAUUUUAGACAAACAUUCAGGCAUAAACAGGAGGAUCCUCAUCUGCUUGCACACAACUACCUGAAAUGUUUGUGUGGUCUCGUAACCAUUUCACUGUUUCCAAAAUAUAACUGCAUCAUCACCUGGCUUAACAAUUUGCUGAAAGAUGUCUAAGUCUUCUGAGGGCACGUGCCAAUUCAAAACCCAAAACAUAUAUUUAGAGCCGUUCUCGUACAGUGAUGUCCACUGAACACUCUCUGUUAUUAUGCUUAACUGCUCAUCAUUUGUGAAUCUUUUGUUUUAGGCUGUCAACAUCUCAACAUAAAGGUGUCAAAGAACAACCUUUCAAAUUUUCUUUCAUUCAUCAUCAUUUGGCUGUAAUAUCAUUAAAUGUGCGUGCUUUGGAUUUGGGAUUUUUUAUUAUUCACUGUAGAUGGUGUAAAUAUUAUUAAAACCUUCUGGUUAUCAUCUAAGGUAAUAUGUUUUAGUGCUGAAAAUAUUCUCAAACAGUGUUGUUUAACAAAAUACAUUGCAGGGACUUCUUGUCAACGUGCUUUUGUACUGUUUUAAAGUUGCAGCUGGGUUUCACGAUUUUCAGAUGUAAGUUGUUUGAUUAGUUGUACUUGAUGAAAUGUAAAACUUAUCUUGCAACCCGUCAAGUCAUGUGUGACUUGGCAUGUGAUUGAAAAAGUAUUUUACAUCUGUCCCCAUUUUAUAAUUGUGUGUGACUGCAGAUACUAAUAAAAUGUAUUCAUUGAAGUAUUUGGAAUACAAUAUUCGGUUUGCAGGUAUUCCAGUUGCAGUGAAUUGAUUUUUAAAAUGAUGUCCAGACUCUCUGUAAAAGGUUAAUCUUUCAGUAAAUAAACAGUUGAUUUUCUUA